AAAAGUCGUCUCUUUUAUCCAACGUGGUAUAGAAAGUGAGUCGGUUCGUCUGUCGCUGUUCUCUCGGUUGGGUGCUCAAACCAUAUCUACCGCCACCUCAUGGCAAUGAUGCGGGAACCCUAUGCGAAACCUCUUUUCCACCUUUCAAUUCUUCUCAGCUGGAGAAGAGAUAAGAGAGAGAAAAACCCUAUUGGAAGUAAGAUUGAAGGCCAAAAGUAGGUACCGGGGCAAUGAAGCGGGGCCAUGGUUGUUGGCAGCAGCUGAUCCCCAGUUAUUGCCAUUAAAUGUUAGAGUUGAAAUAUAUCGUGAUGGUGUCUUUAUAUUGGCGUAGAGAAUGGGCUUGAUCUUGAAUGCGUCUGUGGAACUGUCAAUAUUGGAGAAGUUCUGCUUUGGAUGACAUCUUAAAUCAACUAAGUUUCCUCUCAGGAUUAUGGGCUCUGGAGAUUGGUUUAAAACAAUCAUUGGCAAGAGGAAAACAAAACAGAACAAACCAAAACCAAUAAAGGGGUCUAUUUGUGACCAGUCAAAUGGAUUCAAGUUGAAAAAUCUGCCCAAUAAAUCAUCAAAUAAAUUAUAUAAUGGUUCUUGUAGCAGAAAUAAUAUUGGAGAUUCUGGUUUAAAUUCUGAAAUAGCGGCUAUUAGAAUUCAAACUGCAUUUCGAUGCUACCAGGCUAGAAAAAUUGCACGCCAACUGAAAGGAACCCAAAGAUUACGUUCUCUCUCUGAUGGUGAUUUUAUUAAAAGGCAGACAUCUAUCACUUUACGGUGUGCCCAAUCCUGGAGCAAAAUACAGGCAGAAAUAAGAGCUCGGCGAGUUUCUAUGGCAAAAGAAGGCCGAAUUAAGCAGAAGAGACAUGAAAACCAAGUGAAACUUGAGGCCAAGCUUCAUGAUUUAGAAGUGGAAUGGUCUGGAGGCGUUGAAACAAUGGAUGAAAUCCUCUCCAGAAUCUAUCAAAGAGAAGAAGCUGCAGUUAAACGCGAACGGGCCAUGGCCUAUGCAUUCUCUCAUCAGUGGAGGGCCAACCCUGGUGCAAACCAUUGGCAGACAUAUGAAAUUGGUAGUGGAAAUUGGGGCUGGAGCUGGAUGGAAAGAUGGAUUACUGCUCGCCCAUGGGAGAUGAGGAUCUCUAGCCUUCAGAAAACACAAUCUAAAGUAGCAGUCAAGGCAAUUAAGAAGGGAGAUCCAUCCAUAGCCAGUGCACAAAGCUCAACCAAGCCUCCCAUUCCCACCACUAAGAUCCCUGCAAAGAAGUUUUCAGCUCGUUUGGUAGAAGAAAAGGCUGCUAACAAAGAACAGAAUCCCGCUAUGGUGACUAUGCAGACCUGUGAAGUUGUCUGAGAA